AUGACACAACCAAAAGCCUGCAAACCUCUGGUCCUUAACAAUUUAUUAAUACAAAAUGUAAACACAUGGGGAAAUAUCCAAUAUAACAUUCCUUUACGGCUUUCCAACAAUGAAACAAGGACGGGAACUAGUAUCGCUCAUCGGUACAUACCGGCCAUACCACAUAGCUUGGACUGUAAAAUUGAUGAUCCACUCCCUGAAAGGGUUACAGGAAGAGACAUGGUGGUGGAGAAAGAAUCGUACAAGACUACAACGGGGGAGUACUGCGUCAAGCCAAAUCCGAAUAAAGCUAUGGAACGAUCAGAUUGCGCUAUCAAUUGUACAAGAGUCAUUUUUAUGACUGGUGUUGAAAAACGAUUGCAAGGUAAAAAUAUAACGCAGCCAAUUAUGAUUUCUGAAAUGAAAGAUACUUUUAGAGGUGCUACAAGGUCUCCUACUGUUCCUCCAGAUUACAUUGUGAAACCACCUGAUCCUGAAUAUAUUUUUGACGUAGUAGCUGCCGGUAGAAAUGAGGCUCCAGUAAUACCAUACAGUGCGGGUGGUUUCCGUAGACUUCUCGACCCAUACGUGUCUACCUACAGAGCGUACCAUAAGCCUUUCACCGUCGAAGACCAAUACGGUAUAGGAGCGAAAGAUCAGAUUACUUUCUAUUCAGAAUUUAAUGUGCCUAAGGUAAAAGGUUUUGGCCCUAAACAUAAAGAGAUUUGGAUGCCCCUAACUGCUAAAGUACAUAGAGGCGUCUAUGAUAGAAUACAUGUGAAGAAAGAGUAUAAAGAAGUAGCAGCUUGCCAUAAUCCUGUAAAUAAUAUUAAGGGAGUCUUCGAAUCAGAAAUGAAAAAGAAGUACAAAGUACCAUUCGCUUCGUCUUCUUUAGCGUCAUGGGAUCAUGGAGAGAUGUUCGAUUUGGCACCGUUCCCCCCUAACCCGUACCAAACGAAUAUAGCGCCUUUUAUGUACUGCAGUGACUACUGUCAUAUAGCCCAAGGAACUCCGCCGUAUGCAGUGAUAGAUCAACUUAAACAUAACAGAAAAGCACAUACGCCAUGUGUCCAAAAAUUUAUUGUUUCUAGAGAUUUUACUCCA